AUGGACGCUGCCACCGAGGCCAGCUUGUUCUCGGACACGACCAACAUCAAAGUCGUCAAGCCCGAUCUGAAAGUCUUCGUCAGUGUAGGAGGCUGGACUUUCUCAGACAAUGGAACCGCAACGCAGCCAGUAUUUGGUGAUAUUGCCGCCGACUCUGGCAAGAGACAGAAGUUCGCAAACAAUGUAGUACAGUUCAUGCGACAAUAUGGCUUUGACGGCAUUGACCUUGACUGGGAGUAUCCUGGAGCGCCUGACCGGGGUGGUAAGAAGGAAGAUACCGCCAACUAUGUCCUUUUGAUGCAGACAUUGCGAGAAACGUUCGAUGCAAGUGGCGGCAAAUAUGGACUGAGCUUCACUUCACCUUCUUCCUUCUGGUAUCUUCGAUGGUUUGACUUGCCCGGCCUGCUCAAACAUGCCGACUGGACGAAUCUCAUGACAUAUGAUCUGCACGGCGUGUGGGACUCGACCAAUCCCAUCGGCUCCAUUGUGCAAGGCCACACUAACCUGACCGAGAUCAAACUGGCUGCAGAGCUGUUCUGGAGGGUUGACAUCCCACCGUCCAAGGUCGUAAUGGGCUUCGGCUUCUACGGUCGUUCCUUUACCCUCGCCUCUUCCGGUUGCACGACUCCUGGAUGCGGGUUCAGUGGAGCGUCUGAUCCUGGACCGUGCACGAAGACCGGAGGAUCUCUCGCCUACUACGAGGUCGAGAGCGUCUUGAAGAAUAACCCUUCUAUUAAACCGAUCCACGACGAUGAUGCUGCAGUCAUGUACUUCGUCUGGAAUGAUAAUCAGUGGAUCUCUUAUGAUAACGCGGACACUUACAAACAGAAGGUCGAUUGGGCAAAUGAUGUCGGGCUGGGCGGUGCCAUGAUAUGGGCCUCAGACGGAGACGAUGAUAAGUACAGCGCUCAUGCAGCACUUUUGGGGAGAUCCAUCCAAUCCACUUCCAGCUUGGGAGACCUGCAGCUCAAGAAUCUGGCCAAUGCGGACCCUGAGUCGGUUUCUCAGAGUGCUUCAGCAUUCAACGGCCAGCAGUGCAAGACGUACGACGGCAAAUGCGUGGAUCUGAAAGACAACAACGCUAUGGCCGCAGCGUGUGGCAGUGGCAUGACGGUCGUGGGCUGGGAUGACGCUGGUUGCGGAAAGAAGAAUCACCUAUAA